GAGACGGAAGCACCACCGACCGACCGACCACCCUCGCCGACCCCCGAGGGCUCACGGGCGCUCACUCGAUGGGCAGACAGACGAGCUGACAACGGCCGACGGCUGUCCCGGCCGGCCGCGCCCCAACUCCACCACAUGAGGGCAUUGUUCAUACCAUCUGAACACCAGCAGUCCAGCACUGUCUGAAGAGUCAAACUUGUUUUGGAGGAAGGCCUCCUCAUGAGUUCCGAGGACCAUCAUCCAGUGGCGCUACACACGCGCCUGCUGCGCCUUCUUCUCAGCCAUGGAGGCAUGUUCAUCCUCGUCUCCUUCGUGGCCGCAUUCGGUGCGUGGACUUUCAUUCUCCUGGAGCAGCCUUACGAAGAUGAGACCUUUCUGGUAAAGAGUUUAAAAAUCAAGGAUCUCGAGGACAGCGAAAACUACUUCAUUAGCUUCUGCUGGCACCUGGGCGGGCAGAAUAUUUCAGACAAAAAAUGGAACCGAACGGUCCGGGAGCAGCUGAAGCUGCUGCAGGCGUUCACCCUGGACCUGGCGCACAAUCACGGCUACGACGGCACCAAGGGCGACUGGUCCUACAGCUGGAACUUCCCCAACGCGCUGCUCUUCACCGUCACCAUCAUGACCACCAUAGGCUACGGCCACAUCUCGCCAAAGACAAACGGCGGCCAGCUGUUCACCAUCCUGUUCGCCAUGAUCGGCACGCCGCUGCUGCUCGUCUUUCUGGCCAACAUCGGCGACGGCAUGGCCAGGGUCUUCACGUUCACGUAUAGCCGCCUCUGCUGCCGCUGGUGCCGCACCACGCGCUACAAAGAGGAGCGAAAGCCCGGCAAGCGAGCCAAACGGGUCUCCGAGGAUGAAGUCGGCAAGGAGGAGUACAUGCCGACUGACGAGGUCAACGUGCCCAUCACCAUCAACCUGAUGAUCAUAGCGAUGUACCUGGGCAUGGGUGCGCUCAUCUUCUCCGAGUGGGAGCAGUGGGACAUGAUGGCCUCCUACUACUUCAGCUUCGUCACCCUCUCCACCAUCGGGUUCGGCGACAUGGUGCCCGGAAACAGCUUCCUGGAUAGGACGGCCAAGACCAGCUUUACUAAGGCGUUCAAAAUGGGCACUACAAUCGGCUACUGCAUGAUUGGUAUGGCGCUGAUCAGCAUGUGUAUCCAGAUGAUGCAGGAGCAGAUCGUGGCCAAGGUGCGCUGGACCGGCCAGGAGCUCGGCCUGAUACACGACAGCAGCCACCCGCGACUGCGACUGCGGCGAACACGCCGCGGCGCCGCGCCAGAGACGACUCACAGGGAGAGCAGCUAUGGCGUGUCCUCGGCCCGCGAGCAGCGCAGACUCAGGCAGGAGGAGACUGUGAAACGGCGUCUGUAUCAGCAGCAGCAGCAGGAACAGCAGCAGCGGGCGGAGGAGAGCGAACAGCGGCGGCAAGCCGCACGACGCUCAGAUAGUGAAGAGGAUUUGUUUAAUCUUGCCUAAAAGACGUCGGUUUUUCUAUUGCCUACAAAGCCGAGAUUUUAAUGCAAGAAAUAGUGUAAAAGCACAAUGGCAGAGUCAAUUCUCAUCAAACUUGCCUUAUUACGUAGGUCAUUUAACAAGUUUUAAAGGCUUAAAAUAGUACUGCAACCCUUUACCGUCGACAAGAUGCUGUUUUAUUUAUCACGUCUACAUGGAACACGAACCACGCUCGAAACGGACCAGACCCUGAUCAGCGGCAUAAUUUUCCUCCGUAUCACUUGUUGACAAUGUACAUAUAUGGUCACGGGAUGUCAAAUGACAUUUUAGCUAUGUUAGCGUAACCAGCGCCACCGCUGGCGUCCUUGACCCAGUCCAGGUCAAGGUCACCAGCGGCUCAGCUGUCGUUGAAGCGCGCUGCUCGGCCCGCAGUUUUCUGUCAGUCUGGGGCCAAAUGUACACGUGCCGAUCGGUACCGUUGGUCAUCCCUCCCCGACCGACCCUCCCCCUCUCUCCCCUCCUUCCCUCUCUCCCCUCCGUCGGUCGGGUCGUGGGGUCAGCGGUGCCAGCUGUGGGUCGACAGAGUGCUUCAACGGUGUGUCCCGUGACGCAGCGACGGACGCCUGUGCUCGGUGAUAUAUAACAGGCUCCCGCCGCUGCCAUAGUGUUUUAUGCAUCAUUUUCAGUCAGGAGCAAUACAUGCAACGCCAGCAAUACG